AUGGGAUCUGAUGAUGACAGCGCAGGCUCGAUUACCUUGCAGCUACUAUCUAAAUACAAUUAUCAUACAUCGGAACGGGACAGGAGUCUGGAGAAUAAAGAGAAGAAUAACGAACCUUCGCGCAAGCCGAGUUAUGACGCGCUCUACAAAGAGAACACUACAUUAAAGCUACAACUGGAAGAAUACGAAAGCGAGAUAGCUAGUUUGAAGAGGUUUAUUGAUGUUCUGAAGAACAAUAGAAACACCUUUAAGGAAUCGCACCAACAACUCGAAGUCGAAGAUAAGCUAAAGGAGCCCAUUCUUCCACCUCGAUCGGCAGAAAGAAGGCGCAAUGCGAAAAACCUAUCACUCCCAGUGACGAAAGAAGCUAAAAGUCAAGCUGAGAAGUCUCCUGGUUUAUUAUCCCCUGCAGGCAUAAUUACUUCCAGGAGUUUCAACGGAACGCCUACUCUGACUGAUAAUACGCUCAACCAUGACCGUGACCAGUCUUUUUCUCUUAAUGAACUAGACAAAAUCCGCAGGUCGAGCUCGUCGUAUUCGAAUGUGAUAGCAGCCAGUCCGGCGACGUCGGUUGCAUACACAACAUCCAGGAUAUCACCAUCUCGAAGCAAUAAGCAUUCGCUCAAAGACGAAGAUUCAGCAUCGUCAGUUCCAGAGAGAAGCGCUUCGCUUUUAAAUUCCAGCAAGGCUGUCAUAUCAGUUAGCGAUCACUACCAUUCUCCCCUGAGAAUUGGUUCUGGGGGCAAUCAAGAGGACAAUCAAGAAAGCUCAUCAAAAAAAUCGUAUCCCAAGAGCCCAAUACCUAAUCUUUUAGCCAGCCACGAAGGCAAGGCUGAUAUAUCUCCUGCAUCGAAGAAAAGCCUGAAUAAUUUUGCAGAAAUGCUUGAUUCCAGCUUUGGAGAAGAUGAGGAGCAGACACCCCAUGAAAACCCUCAGGAAAUCGAGGUCGCCUCUGCUAAUCAAGAACGAGAGAGUAUAUCUCGACUACUGGGAUCGCCUGUGGCGCUAAAGAAGCCUCAUCAGUCACAUGAAAACUCGCCUGUGCUGCACUCCUUCGAAGUAGUCUCAAGUUCUGCUCCAGAAGAGAAGCCUUCCUCGAGCACGAUCGGCUCGUCAGCCAGUACUCAAAUUGUGUCCGCGUAUGAUCCACAGUCCCCAAGAUCAAUUAAUGCUAAAAGCAUACCACAUUUGGGAAAGAGCAACAGUCAACCAAUAGUGCAAUCCCCGCGCAAGAAAACAACGCCAACUGUCACUGAUUCCCACAGUAUCAUCUCAGAUAUUCCUCUCUUUGUGCAACCAGGAGAACUGGGUACUAUCCGAAUUGAUGUUGUCAGUACACUCCACCGUGAUAAUGAGAUGUUCGCAGGUGAUCAUCACAUCCUUUUCAGUGUAAUUGAUAGAACUUCGGGAAAGGAGAUUUUCAAAUUUGCUAAAACUAUCGACAGGGUUUAUGAACUUGACGUCUACCUGAAGUGCCACAUGGAUACCAUCAUGUUACCCCCUCUUCCAGAGAAGGCUAUGUUCGAGACUACUACACCGCUUAGGGUAGAUUACAGAAGGGAGAAGCUCAACGAUUAUUUUUCAUGUCUAUUUGCUCAACAAAACCUACUUCCGGAUAUUGCAUUGAAGCUGGCGAAAUUCAUAAGCACAGACACAGUUAUGAAUCCCAUUAUAGGUGACUAUAUCAAGGAGGGUAUACUAAUGAUGAGGAAAAGUAAGGCAAUAGGAAGUACCAACAGUUGGCGCUUACGAUAUGCAGUUGUUGAUGGAGUUAACCUCUCACUGUUGGACAGGGGUCAGGUUUCAGAAAUCAUUAAGCUCUCGCAGGCUGCAAUAGAGCUACAGGCUAACUUGCCAGAUGAUAGAUAUGGAACGAAAAAUGGCUUCAUUCUCAACGUGCAUAAAAAGGGCGGCCUUUCCAGUGGGACAAGAUACUUUUUUUGUUGCGAAAGCCCAAGAGAGAGGGAGUCUUGGGUAUCAAGUCUUGCCGAAUUUGUGGAAAGCUCAGUUGUCUUCAGUGGUUCCAUAAACAGCAAGUCAGAAAGCUCUAGCAUGAUAGAUCACUCCUCUACAGGUAAUGAGGCAAGCUCGGAUGCACCUGUCAGUUACAUUGGGCCUAUAGCCAAUCUCCAGAGUCCAGUUUCUCAUUCACCCACCCAGGCCCCUGAUACAACGGCACAAGAAGAUGAGAGGGAAUCCAAGAGAAUACGAAUGCGCAGCUUUUUCCCCUUCAAAAGAGCCACUGCAGCCCAAACUUCGAGCGAACCUGAGCUCCCACUUAAUGGGGACAGUAGCCAGCUGCCUCUCCUGCAACCCAAUGAAACCUCAAUAUCCAGGUCCCUUCAAGCGAUGGAUCUGGGCCCUGAAAUCGUCAGCAAUACAGUUUUCGGGUCUGAACUGCGAAGCUGCGUUUCAAUCAGCUCGCAGCUUUAUCAGGGCAAAUAUGUCAUUCCUAGCGUUGUUUACAGAUGCCUGGAGUAUUUGUAUCGUAAUCAUGGAGUUGAGGAAGAAGGCAUAUUUAGAAUCAGUGGUUCGAGCUUGCUAAUAAAGUCGCUACAAGAACAGUUUGACAAAGACCGUGACAUUGACCUUUGCAAUUACAACAAGUCUGUCACUUCAGAUGACCCCAACAAGAGUAACUUCGGAACGGGCCUAGUCGAUGUAAACACUGUUACAGGCUUGCUGAAGCUGUUUUUAAGAAAAAUGCCACACGUCAUUUUCGGAGACAGCAUGCUGCCAGUGUUCAAGAGCGCUCUGGAUGCGAAGUGGGGCAGCGGAUAUCAAGUCGCGCUUGAGUACCGCCGGCUUGUGAAUUCUGAUAAAAUUUCAAAAGAGAGCUAUUCGCUCAUGUUUGUUCUAUUUGAGCUGUUGGUCAAAAUAAACCAGAAGAACCAAAUCAACAAAAUGAACUUGCGAAAUUUAUGCAUUGUGUUUUCGCCAACGUUGAACAUCCCAGUAAGCGUGCUUCAACCGUUCAUUGUUGACUUCGAUUGUAUUUUUAAAAACGAGGAGCCGAUUAACGAUUCACAGAGGGAGCAAGUCGAUAUCGACGCGCCCUCGGCGGUGUUAAAAGAGAUAAAUAGUUAUUUUGCUUAG